AUGGAGCUAGGAAAGGCUAAACUACUGCGAACCGGUCUCAACGCUUUGUACCAGGCUAUACACCCUAUGCAUGGGAUCGCCUGGACAGAUGGCAAGCAAGUGGCCCUGACUGCAUUGCACUUCCAUAACAAGGAGCUGAGGUUCGGGGACUCGAGCGUGAUUGGUCAGUUUGAACACGUCCAUGGUCUUUACUGGAGCCUGAGUUGUUCUCCCAACACGCCAGCUCUGCUUGCAGUGCAGCAUAAAAAGCAUGUUAGCAUUUGGCAGCUGAGCCAGAAUGUUUUGGAAAAGAAUAAGCUCUUGGUUUCUCAGACCUGUGAAAUUGGGGAGCCGUUCCAAUUGCUUCCCCAGGGCUGCGUGUGGCACCCAAAGAGGGACAUUUUGUGUGUACUUACCAAAAGGGAUGCUUCUGUUUUAUAUGCAGUCCGUUCAGAUAAUUCAAGGGUUAAAGCAGAUAUCAAGAGCAGCGGUCUCAUCCACUGUGCCUGUUGGACUAAGGAUGGUAAUCGUUUAGUUGUGGCUAUAGGCAGUGCUCUUCAUUCCUAUAUAUGGGAUGAUGCCCAGAAAACAUUAAAUGCUUGUUCCUUUUGCCCAGUGUUUGAUGUUGGAGGCUACAUCUGUGCUAUUGAAGCCACUUUGGACUUUCAAAUUGCUGUCGCUACUGAACUUCCUCUUGAUAAAAUCUGUGGCUUAAAUGCAGGUAUUGCAUUUGAAUUGCCAGCAGGUACUGAAACAGGUUCUCUAACAUCACAAUCUACUUUGGUACUUGGGGAUGAGGAAUACUCUAUGGACCUGAGAAGGAAGUCCAUAGAUUCAGAUAAAUCAAUAGCAGUCGAUUCAGUAGCUUCCUCUUCAUCCGGCCCUGUGGAUUUAACUCAUAUCCUUGCAAACCACCGGAGGUCAGAUCCUAGUCCUCUCAUUCCUUUGAGAAGAAAAGACUACCCUUCAGGAGCUGGCCAAGAUUCUUCGCACUUGAUCUUAGUGACUUUUGAAGGAAAGGUGACCACAACCAGAAAAGUCAGCAUUCCAGGCAUUUUGGUUCCCGAUAUCAUUGCUUUUGACCUUAGAGCUCAAAUUGUGGCAAUAGCAUCAAAUACUUGUAACAUUGUUCUGAUCUAUUCAGUAACUUCGUCCUGUAUGCCCAACAUUCAACAAAUCCAACUAGAGAAAAGUGAACGGCCCAAAGGCCUAUCCUUUUUGACAGAUAAACUUUUGUUAAUUUUGAUUGGGAAGCAGAAAUUCAUUGAUCCCGCACUUAUUCCAUCAUCUAAUUCAGACAGAUAUAUAAUCCGGCUGAUGAUCAAGGAAUUAAUAUUUGAAGAAGAAUCAUCAGCAAAAUCUAGUGCUACCCAAAGUCUGCCUUUCAGUUUUGAGUCUUCUGUAAACAUUCCAGGGAAAAGGAAGUAUUUUGAGAACCUUGCAUCAGAAGAUCAUGCUGUAGGAAGGGAGCUCUUAAUACCAGGCAGCACUAUUAUUCAGUCUCCUAGUGGAAGACGACAAAUGUUGGCAGAAGUUAAAAGUCCUAGUUAUGAGCAAAGCUCAUCAUCCAGUGUGAGCGAUUUUGAUGAGAAAAGAGUCUCAGGUGACCCAUCUAUUGCUCUAGAAACUUUGGAUGCUGAACCAAUCAAUCGGUCAGUAGCCCUAUUUGGUCUUGGAACACCUACUAGGUUUUCCAAUAGACCAAUUUCUCCGAAAGUGAUGCAAGAAACUUUAAAUUAUCCUAAAAACAACAGCCUGUCUGGUGAAAAAGGAGCAAGUCAGAUAUCCAGAAAUCUGGAAAGAUUGUGUGGCAGCUUCAAUGACUUACAACUUCGACUUCAAGAACUAAUAGACUUCACUAAAAAUGGGAAGAGAUUGUCUCUAGCCUACCCAUCUUUUCAAGAACCACCUUUUGUUCACAUCAUCUACCAGAAGCAUUUUUCAACUGGGGCUGUAACGGAAGAAACAAGAACUGUUCUCCUUUGUGAUGGCAAGGUUCAUCUGAGUAUAGUCCAACGACUUUUUGAUCUUCCUGUUGUUGAAAUGAAACAUGGUUCUUCAUGGAUUGUUCUGACUGCAGAUAGUGAAGGCUUUAUUCCAUUAUCAUUUAAAGCAAAGCAAGAGAUAAUUAUAAGGGAUGGAAGUGAUAGUUUGGAAGCUCAUGGAAGCCAUUUCUGCAAAAGAAACAUUUCCUCACAACCAUCAAGCAGUGUGACAUAA